AUGGCCGAACAACCACAUAACAAGAAGAAACCAAGUAUGAAGCCGACUCCGAAUGUCGGAAACACCAGGAUAAGAUGGUGGAGAUCCCCUAGCCAACAACCGCCAGCCCUGAAGCGCUCUGCAGAAGAGGAUGUAGAUGAUAGCGACGAGGGGCCGUUUGUUUGGACCCGCGCCGAGCGGGAAAGGCGAAAAGCCAAAGAAAAGAUUCGCAAAUUGAACUCCCCAGAGGGCAUUCCUAAAAAGGGCUCCAAGUCAGCGAGGCGGGGAGUAUCGCCAGUAAAUCUCGGCGAUAUCCUGGCUUUUUUGGCAGAGAAUGAACCAAACCCCGCCAACAGACCGCCCUCCAGCACACCAUUCUCCAACAACCCGGCCUCCAACAAAUCGUCUCCGAACGUCUCGAUUUCACAAGCAUCGAGGAUGACCGGUCGAAAAAGGCUACGAGGAGAGGUUCCGGGUUUGGUUGAGGAUACCCGGAGCUCAAAAAAGUACAAGCCAUCGAAGAGUAAAGAGUAUGAAAUUGCGAAGCCGAAGCGGUUAACUUAUGACUCCCUGUCUGAGGAGGACAUGCCAGAUGAGUGGUUUCGUAAGAGAUUCGAUAGGCUCUAUAAGCGUACCCUCGAGGUCGUCGAGGAGCACUUCAUAGUCCCAAGUUUUGAGGAAACGGAGCUAAGGGAUGUGAAAGUUGGUCCUGAGUUCAUCUUCUGGGCAGAGAAAGUUGCCGAGGCGGAUCCUAACAGCGGGGGUUGGCAGAAACUUUUUCAAAACCCAACGCAGAGGAAAUACUUGAUUGCUGCAAUCUUGGUGUUGAUUUUCAAGAUAAAGAUAUUUGAUGUGUACUUGUGGGGCUCGAGUGAUCCCCAGCAUCAGUUGUUGCAUAAUAUUGACAGAUCGUUUUUCACUCAUGACGGGUUCUUCCGCACAGCUAUGCGUUCAGACGCCGUCCGCAAUAUCGUUGGGGGAGGCCCAGUAACAGUUGGGUUCUACGAGGAGGUAGCGAAGCUCACGGCGCAGACCUUCGCCCUGCUAAAACCCCUAACCAACCACCUUCACCCACCAAGGGAAGUGGAUAUCACACUUAUCGAAGCCCAAUUUCAAGCCAUCCAUGAUCUUAUCUCCGACACAGCCUAUCUCUCAAUCCGCAUCCGCAUGUCCCCCACAAUUUUCUUUUGGGUCAAUGCCACUCCCGGGACACGGUACAAUCAAGACGACCACGUUAAUGUCGACAUGGGCUCCUGGAGAGAUAGCAAGCAAGCAGUAAGGGUCGACUAUGAAAAUCGCCAGCGCACCCACGUCGCCCAGAAAAACGCCGCUCGAAAAGAAUAUCAAGAACGCCAAAGCGAAGCAGCGCGAGAGCGACUCGUCCAGAUUGAAAAACAGGAACCUUUAGACCCAUCAUUCGACCACGUAGCCAUGGUCAAGAUAGGAGUCUGGCCCUCGAUCAGGAGAUUCAAGCCGGGCACCGAGGCUGAUGACCAGAAAGCCCUCAGGACGAAAGUCCCGCUGGGAGGGAUGCGCGGAUCUAGGGAGCAUGAGAUUUGCAAGGCGUCUAUUGUGUGUUAUUAUGGGAAGUCGACGGAAACAAAUAGUGGGCGGGAGGGGUUGGACGCGUUUAUCAAGAGGAAGUGGGGGGCCAAGGGACUGCUGAAGUUGAAUGUGCGUCAUGAGUUGCAGGAGGUGAUUGCGACGGCGGCAGCUGCGAUGGUAGGCGGGGCUUUGUACACUCUGAGCCAAAGGAAGUGGUAG